AUGCAGAAAAUCAAGCCUGUCGGUUGGUAUGGCCUUGGUUCCAUGGGUCUGCCCAUGGCCCUCAACCUACAUAAAAAGCUUCAAUCAUACGGAGCUAGCCUCAUCUUCUCCAACCGCACCAUAUCAAAAGGAGUCGACUUGGAGAAAGCUGGAGCUCUACUAAAGAAAAACAUAGUAGAGAUAGCACAGGUGUGCGAUGAUGUUUUUACCAUGGUAUCGACAGACGCCGCUCUCUUGUCGCUUGUCAAGGAGCUCCUGGCAAGUGGCAUCGACCUCAAGGACAAAACCUUUGUUGAUUGCUCCACAAUCCAUCCUGAUACAGCGGCAUCAGUGUCAGAAACUCUGCAAAAUGCUGGCGCUAUCUUUGUCGCUGCCCCAGUCUUCGGCGCGAGCCCAGUUGCUCAGGCCGGGAGGUUGAUCUUCGCCAUGGCUGGGCCUCAAACCACCAUCGAGCGUCUUGAGCCGCUCAUUGUCGAUGUGAUGGGACGAAAAGUCUUGAACAUGGGAGAAGACAUAAAGAAGUCCCCGAUGCUGAAGGUGACAGGGUAUGUAUACUUUUCGAAUCGGCUAAAGGGCCAAAGCAGGAUUUGA